AUGGAGAUUAAAAUUUCUUCAAACACUUUUAAAUAAUAAAAAUCAAAACGUUAAAAUUUUGAAUAAGAAAAAUCGUUAUCGCAAGGUCCAAAUAGCAGAGUUAUGAGAAUUGAACAUUAAGGAAUUAGAAAAACUCUUAAAAGAGUACCAAAGGAUUAAACUCUAAAUGAGAUUAAGAUACUGUAAUAGUUGGAUCAUCCAAAUAUUUUGAAAUUAUAUGAAUUCUAUGAAGACAAUAAUGAAUACUGUCUGAUUACUGAUUAUUGGGAGGGAGGAGAUCUGUAUGAAUAUCUAUGCAAACAUGAUGAAAUUGAUGAAUAUGACAUGGCUCAAAUAAUGAAGCAACUAUUUUCUAUUUUGCAUUACAUACAUUCUAAAAAAAUUGUUCAUCGAGAUAUCAAAAGUGAAAACAUUUUAGUUGAAAAACAAGAAGAUGGUUGUAUUUUGAUAAAAAUGAUUGAUUGGGGAAUCGCAACUUAAUUUUAAAAUGGAUCUAAAUUAUAUACAACUGUGGGUACGCCAUAUUAUAUGGCACCAGAAGUAUUUAAAUAAUGUUAUGAUGAAAAAUGUGAUAUAUGGAGUAGUGGCAUACUAUUGUAUGAGAUAGUAACAGGAAAUUUACCUUUUUAUGCUCGAUAGGCAGAUGAAAUUCAAAGAAAAAUUUUAGAUACUAAGCCGAAUUUUGAUUUACCUGUAUUUUAAAAAUGCUCUCCUGAACUUAAUAAUCUCGUUAGAUUAUUGCUUAAUAAGGAUCCAGAAAAACGACCUUCAGCUAAAGAAUUGCUUGAUCAUGAAUUUUUUUAAUUGAAAAAAGAGAGAAAGGCUUCAUAAGAAUUCAAUACUUGUUUUUAAGAGAGCGUAAGUAGAUUAAUCGAGUUUCGAGUUAAGAAUAAAUUGCAAUAGGCUGUUCUUUCGUUUAUGGGUUCAUUCCAACAGACUCCAGAGGAAGAGAGAUAAUUAAUUAGAAUUUUCAAUGAAAUUGAUGUAGAUAGAGAUGGGAAAUUAACAUGUGACGAAUUGGCUAUGGCUUUGCAAAAGAUAUAUAUGUAUGAUGAAUUGCAGGCACAAAUGUAAGCCAGUAUUCUAAUGGAAUAAAUUGAUAUAGAUAACAAUGGAUUUUUGGAAUAUUCAGAAUUUAUUAUGGCUUGUUCUUAGAGAAAAGUACUCCUCACAGAAAGUAAUUUGAAAAAUGCUUUUCAAUAAUUUGAUUUAAAUGGUGAUGGAGUAAUUAGUGUUUAAGAAAUAAAAAAAGUGUUGGAAGGUAAUGAAAGCAUCACAGAUGAGAAAUGGCAAGAAGUUAUAUAGGAAGUAGAUACUAAUGGAGAUGGCGAAGUGAGUUAUGAGGAAUUUUUAGUUAUGAUGAAAUAAUUAUUAUGA